AUGGACAUUAAUGAACCAUCAUUGAUGGACGUUGCACAUGACACGAUCAAUUCGACUCAAGGUCCGGCGCUAAUAAAAGUAGCUUACUCUCCUAGUAGCGAAGGAAAAAGGCAGGGCUUUAUUCGUAGUAAUAGUGGGCAGCGGGGGCUACCCUCGACUCACCUCUCUAUCUAUAAAACCCUCCCCGGAGGAGAGCGGAAGCUCCAGGAUGAGAAUGAAUCCGGGAAUCCAGGACAUACUCAUCCUGAUCCACCAUGGAAUUUUCGGAAUCUACAAAAACAUUCUAGGAGAGGGCUCGUAAUGAUCUUCUCAAAGAUCACAAGAUGCUGAAGUGGCAGGCAGGAUAGGGGGGGGACCUGUAGGUUUUUGUGAAAGGGAUGCUCUUAUCAUGUUAUUGCUGAAAAGAAAAAGAAAAUUCCUCUAUUUUUUUUAUGUCGAUUCAUCCAUACUUCCAUUCUUUGUAGAGGGAGGCUAACUGCUUGCCGGCUGGGAGCUGUAUGAGCGGUAACGUCCACGUACGGCUCCGUGAGAAGGGCGGUGGACAGAAAUGGCCUUGUUGUACCUCACUCUCG